AUGGACAGAGUUGCAGAACUCAGGAGUGUCUCCGAAGGGGAGCGUGAGAAAAUGCUCUUUCCAUCACCGAUUACACCAGCUUACAUCAAGGCCAGCUUGGCCAUGAAAAGGCAAACCUUUGGUGAUGAAGAUGUAGAAGAUGCAUGCAGAAGUUUUGAGAACUAUUUGGUGGAGAUGAUAGUUGACGAGGGAAAAGUGAGGGAUUUAGCGGAUGUGGAAGAGCUUUUGUAUUGCUGGAAAAACCUGAAGUGUCCUGUAUUCAUUGAUUUGGUCUGCAGAUUCUACGGAGAGCUAUGCAAGGACUUGUUCUCUCCUGAUGACGACAGCACCUACACUGAUAGUUCCAACUCUCCCAAAUGA